AUGGCUUCUAGUUCCCUCCCCCACAGCUCCGGAUCACCAUGGACCGCGAAGCAAAACAAAAUGUUCGAGCAAGCAUUGGCAGUUUACGACCAGGAAACCCCCGACCGAUGGCAGAACAUUGCCCGCGCGGUCGGGAGGUCAGUGGAGGAUGUCAAGAGGCAUUAUCAGCUUCUCGAAGAAGAUGUUAGGCACAUUGAAUCUGGCAAUGUGCCCUUCCCUUAUGUCCAGUCCUCUAGAGUAGAGCCAGACAUGAUGAACAGAGGAGGUUGA